AUGCGUUUCCUAUUCCGUGCUGGUGUACAGGAUUUCUGUCAUUGGGGAGUGGACUUUUUGGUGCAGCAACUCAACGACGCCGAUAACAAGGUUGCGAUUCUCGCGCUCAACGUCCUCGACGAGGCCUGCGAUGAUCCCGACUGCUUUGAGACACUGAUCAAUUUGAAACCACCACUUUUGAAGCUGGGCAAACCCGGUAAGAGUUUGUUGCUGCGUUUCCUCUCGCGAACCAACGGUCUCAACUAUUUGAAGGAGAUCAACUUUGUCGAGCCAGAACAAAAGCUGUGGCUCGGUAGUGAGAAUGCCAACUAUGUCAUCUCGGUGGAGAAUGCCAUCUCAGAGGCACUGACACCACUCAUCUACCGCCAGCGAGAAGCUGCCGACCAAUCGAACAACUGCGUAUACCUACCGCCUCAUUUCUUUGGUGAACUCGCCAAAACCGAAGAGGGAUGCAAGAUUCUGAAGCAAUCCGGUCAUUUCUUGACAUUCGUCGGUAUUGCACGUGACGAUGCUGCACAUCCACUUCAGAGACGUGCAGCGAUCUUUGCCAUUGGACAGAUCGGUUCGUCAACCACCGGACUUCAGUUCCUGAUUGAACACAACGUUGUCUCUCUGAUUGUCGAUCUCGCUGAGAAAUCACCGUGUCUCUCACUGAGGGGCACCUGCUUCUAUGCAUUGGGAAUGUUGUCGUGCAUCGAGCAGGCAGCAGAGUUGUUGGAUCGUCUCGGUUGGGAGUCGCCAAUCGACUUGACUUCGCGUAUCUCUGUGCCAAAGAACCUGGUGAAGAGUACCUUCUUGAAAGUAGUGCCCUACGAGUACAGAGGUUCGUGGGCAACAAGCACCCUUGACAUUCCCAACUACGCGACAGUCGAUCCGAUGAAGCAGGAAAUCAUUGGACACGUAAUCAAUCUUGCCAGCCACAUCACAGCGGAGACCGCCUCAAAGAAUCUCAAACGUCUCAAACAAAAGAAUCCCGAGUACUUUGCGUCGGGCGAACUACUCAGUGUCAUUCUCACUGUAAUGGAUAGCUACAGAUUCAGACUGGGUGCAAGAAGAUUCAUCUACGAUUGCUUUGACACUGCCAUUUUCAGUGAUGAUCCAUAUCCCUACCUUGAAACAUUCCACCAACAAUUACAACAGAAUCAACAACAGCAACAACAACAAAAUUUAAAUCAAAAUAAUCACAAUGGAAAUGGACAUCAAAAUGGAAAAUUAACAACUCCAUCAACUCCAUCCAAGCCUACUUUCAACAAUAAUACCACGACAACAACAACAACGCCACCUGUUAAACAACCAUCAACUACAACCACUAAUUGUAAUAUACCUUCAAAUAAUCAACAACACACAAAUGGUGUAGUCUCUGCAGUUGCACCAAAACCAACUAUUCAUCCAGUUCCAACGAAAACAACAACUAUAAAUACAACAAACAUAACACCUAAUCCACAACCACCUUCACCAACUAAAAAAUUGGCGCCUUCACCAACAUCAACAACAUCGUCAACAAUUCCAAACAACGUGAGCAAUCAACCAACAAUCUCUAUAAAACCACCCUCUACAACACCUGCAGUCAAUCAAUAA